AAAGGUGUACCUGCAUUGUAAAAGUGCGAACAACGGCGUUACCCUGGUAAAGGGGAGGCGUCGCCAUACGGUAGCGUGAAAAACGCUGACAUUACGGAAAAUUUUGGAGCAUAAGAAAAAAUAAAAUAAAAAAGACGGGUGAGGUCAAGUAGGCUGCCUUGGCUGGUUCCACGUACGGUCGAUUGAAACGCAGUCAGGCAGUCUGCCGCGUACACGACUACGGAGGGUGAGGCUGCAUCCAGCGAUAACUACGAACAAAGUAUUGACCAUUAAAAUUCAAUGCAAUUCAACAAAGCAAAGAGUAUAAAAUAGAAAGCAGGCCAUUGGUCAGUGAUUGUUGGCUCUAUAUCCUGUUUGUGCUACGCCAGUUAUGGUGAAAGUGUUUAUAAUGCUGUACAUACAAGAAAUUGGACGAUGCUGAGUUCGCAAUCAAAAUCAUUAUCCUGUAAUCUAAUAUGGGUGUGCCGGAUAUUUGUAAAAUAUAACUAAAAAUUAACUUGCGCAGCAGCAGCAGUAGCAACCUGCGAAUUUCACAAGGCAUAAAUAAACGCGAGUUGGGGAAGGAGGAGGAAAAAGGAAGUAGCUAGCAAGGCAAACAUAAACCGGCAGACUAUACUUGCCCUACCCCGCGAAUCGCAUUACUACAUCGGUACACACGAACAUACUGGCACACACUUAAAAGAACAAAACUUAGAACAUUUAGUGCUCUGAAUGCGUUUGAACAACGUGAAGCGUUUUGCGUCUCGUCGCGCAAUUAAAAACGGCGAAUCCUACAGAAGAAGUUUAGUAGCCUGAAAAAUUCAAAUUGCCAAUGCCGAAUAACGUCAUAAAGAGUAGCAGCGCCAGCGCCAGUAGUACCAGUAAUGGGCGCAGCAGCAGCAGCAACAACAGUAGUAGCAGUAGUAGUGCCAAUGCAAAUCAAGCAAAAUCAAUUACUAGCCAUAAAAAUGAAACGAAAACGCCCACCGCUUCAUCAACGACAUCGUCGUUUGUAGCAACGUCCAACUCACUGCCAGACAAAAGCGUUAUAGUUAAACAAUCCAACAACAACGAACGCAUUGCUGCACAUCGGCGUGAUGGUUCCAGUAUUGCCGGAAUACAACGACAGCCAUUUCGUAAGCUUCAAUAUAUUAGCCCGCAAUCGAAGUUUCGUGAUGCAGUAGCAUCAUUAGACACUGUAGGUGAUGUGUCAUUGAAUGAAAGUCGUAGUGAUUUGUUAGUCUAUACCGAAGAUGGACACUUGGUGUCGGCCAGUUUGGAGGCGCUCAUCACACAUAUGGUGCCUACCAGCGAAUAUUAUCCAGAACAAAAUUUUAUAUUCGCAUUUUUACUAAGCGCUCGCCUAUUUGUGCGGCCGCAUGAAUUACUUGCGCAAAUUUCUAAAACAUGGGAACGUCAACAGCAAAAGCAGCAGCAACAGCACCAACAGGAACAGCAACAAGGCGUUGAUGUUGUUGACGAGGCACAUUUUAGCCAUUUGGCUGUAGCCGCCUCCGCGUCUCCGCUAAUGCAGCGCAAAACUGCAAACAAUGCUGCUAUUUUGCCACAAACAGUUGGUCAUAAUGAGGUAAAUGUAAUUGUCGAAGGCCACCUCAAGCAGCGCACCGCCAUACAGCUGAGCGCACAAAAUUGCAUACGUUUGCUAGCCGAGUGGAUUGAAACGUUUCCGUAUGAUUUUCGAGAUGAGCGCCUAAUGCAGCAGGUGCGUAUAUUGGCGCGCAAGUGUGUCUAUAUUGAUAAUGCACUCGGUAGGCGAGUGUCACGCAUUCUACAGCUGUUGGUGCAUCGUCUGACAGUGCUCGAGCAAUAUGAGGCAACAUUGCAAACAAUGGCAGCUACGGAUCUCACCACAGGCAACAAUCAUCAACAAUUACCGCACUACAACACUUCGGCGGGGGCGGCCACAACGGCUGUCAAUCAAAGCGGUACGCACAACUCGCUGAUAGGUUGUGUAAAAAGUCACACGCUACAUACAAGCAGCAUCGCAGAGACACACAAAUCAAGCACAAACACGAACAAUUCAAAUUCAUUGAGCUCCGGUGCGGUGGCUACUGUAGCAGCAGCCAUAGAUGGCAAUAGCGCGCAUGAAAUACACGGCAUCAUGGAUAUCUGCCCGAGUUGUGCGCAGCUAGCGCAUCAGCUGACCGCCAUUGAGCUUGAGCGUUUGUCACACAUUGGGCCGGAGGAAUUUGUGCAAGCUUUCGCCAAGGAAUACCAACAUUCCAUUGAGGGAAAGUCGACAGCACCAACAGGGACGAAUGCCAGUAAGAGUUCGACGAACAUUGAAUCCGCGGCAACGUUGAAUGAUAUGAAAAAAACACGCAAUCUAGAAUCGUACGUGGAGUGGUUUAACCGGCUGAGCUACCUGACUGCGUCGGAGAUUGUAAAGUAUCCGAAGAAGAAGCAGCGUGUACGCAUUAUCGAAUAUUGGAUUGAGACGGCACGAGAGUGUUUCAACAUAGGCAACUUUAACAGCUUGAUGGCCAUUAUAGCUGGCUUGAAUUUGGCGCCCAUUUCGAGGCUUAAGAAAACGUGGUCGAAAGUGCAAUCUGCGAAAUUCUCCGUGCUGGAACAUCAAAUGGAUCCUACAUCGAAUUUCAAUAGUUAUCGCUCAACACUUAAAGCCGCUAUGUGGCGUUCCGAGGGCGCUACCGAAGAACGUGAACGCAUUAUCAUUCCAUUUUUUAGUUUAUUCGUUAAGGAUCUAUAUUUUUUAAACGAGGGCUGUUCAAAUCGUUUGCCAAACAAUCAUAUCAAUUUUGAAAAAUGUUCACAACUCGCCAAACAGGUGAUGGAGUUCAACGAAUGGAAGAAGGUUACUUGCCCAUUUGAGCAGCUACCAAAUGUGAUUGCAUAUCUGCAAACUAGCAGUGUUCUAAAUGAGAACACGCUAUCGAUGGCGUCUUUCGAAUGCGAACCGCCUGAAAAUACAGAGGAGAAGGGACGUUACAAAACGGUCAAAGCCGAAACGAAACAACAGUUAUUAAAUCAAUUGCAAGAGCAACAACAACACCAACCAUAGUUUAUUGCAACAGUGUCGUAGUGUCGUAGCAAAAGGAAAUAAGAUAUUUUUUCAGAGUAAAUGUAUGUUUGUACUAAAGGGGUAAUUGUGGCGCAAUCUAUGGGUUAUUUUUGAUCGAAUACUUAGAACUAGGUUAAAAUUCUGUUGAACUAACAUAAUUUGCGCUGCAAUGUGAAUACCCUUAAAACCGUUAUUUUUGUUUCUAGCAUUUGUUGCAGAACGCUUGCCAUUUUUUGAUACCUACUUUGAUAUUUUCGAAACGUUUUUAACAUAUUCUAAGUCUAGUUACAUAUAUUUUUAAGCACAUAAGAUUACAACAAACAAACCACAAACAAAUAGUAAGGUAGCAAAGUAACUUACAAAAAUAUUAAUUUGAGAAAAAUUUUGUUGGCUUCAAAAGUCAAUAAAAUUUUACAAUUAGCGUACUACUUAAAUAAUAGACGACGUAACUUUCUGGGAUUGCCAGUAAUUGUA